AACAUAUCUCCCAAAGAAGCACCACUGGGUUAGUGUGUCUUGGCAGUCCGUACUCUAGGUACACGGGGCGGGCUACAGUGAUGCACCGAAGCACAACCCUCUCAUCGCCAGCCAUGGAUAUAUCUGCGCUAGUGAAUCCUCACAACGAGUUACCACGUCGCCUUUCUUCCAACUCACACUCCAUAUCUGCCGCAAGCCCCAUCUCCUCCUCUGCAAAGCACCCGACGCCGCCAAUGUCGACUCAGAAGCAAAUGUCGCUCAAGCGCAAGCGAUACGACCCGAAGCCUAUUUGGGCGUAUCGCGAGAACGAGGCACUCUCAGCGGAGCUCCAGCAACAAGAGGAGCAGCGCCAGCAGUCGCGUGUACCACCUCCCGCCGUUCAACCACCACCUCAAGCGCCGUCGCUGGCCCAACGAAACGGACCGCCACCCGAGGGUCCUGCGGCGGAUGGUCUUAGUGGCUACGAGCGACCCAUCUCCGACGACGCGCAUAUCCACGACGACGUCUCGCGCAAAGUAUGCAACUUCAUCUGGCUCACAGCUAUCAACAACGAACACGUGCGAAACGCGAUCGCGGAAUCCCCAAACACACAACUCGAGGUUGAAGCGAGAUGGGGUCAGAUCCUGGACAGACAUAGCAACUCGCGUUUGCGCGGCUUCCACGAAACAGAGUGCGUCAUCAGGAGCGCAAGUGUGGAUGCUAUCUUCGAGAGCACAAUGACUAUGGAGCAGCACAGACGCAUGAACAUGUACCUCAACAACCAGGUGCAGAGAUCGAAGACGCCCGGAGCUCCGCGCGCGGAUAUUGGCUAUGCACAUACAAGAGAGAUUGACACAUUGUACGACCUCGACCAGGGAGCUCUCGACCAGCUGCCUCCGUUGACAAGAAGCUUUAUUGGACAAGCAGGCGGUCGCCAGCGUAUUCGCGUCACCCGAGAUGCGAAAACGAACAAAGUCAUAAGGAAGCUUAUCAAGCACCGGAUAGCGAAUCUCGAGAUCAGUUCACCGCAGACGGAGUGGGAUUACCGUAUCGGUAUCAAUCUCGAAAUCGAGUACCCUGGAUCUACAGAGGGUCUGACACCCGUCAUAGAGUCGGGAAAAACGCUUGAGAGCAUGCAACGUCAGAAGGACCGCAUGUCUUAUUCGUGGAUGGGCGCAUACCAGAUCGAUCUCACGCAGGUUACCCAGGGACAGAGCAAGAAUCACGAACUGGAGCUCGAACUUAGCUCGGAUGUGUUGCUGGACAAUGCAGAUCGGGUGAAGAGGAAAGAGGCGAACAGCUUUGAGCCCUUGAUUAACGGUAUGAUGAACAACUUGCGAGUGUUGUCGCGAGAGAUGACAUCCGGACCGCCGGGCGCUUGAGAAGACUUUAAUUUGUAAUUGACUGUAUAACUAUUUUGUGAUAUGUUUUGGCGUUUACAUACGCAGCGUAGUGCUGGCUAGCAGCACCUGGUACGGAGUUUGGCUCCUUGAUAGCAUGAUACCCCUUCUGUCUGCAUAAUGUAUGCAGCAGUCAGCUAGACAAAUGGCAUGUUAUGACGCGACAUGCAUAAUAUAUGUGAAAGCC